AUGGAAGCAAGCGCUACCACCUGGGAGUUAGACAGUGAUGAGAUCGCAUCUAUCGCCUCUGAGGACUUGCAUGAGCAUAGACCGAAUCGUUGGACGGGUGCUAAAUCGACAUGGCGCACUCUGACGGAAGAGGACCGACUGCUCUGGCAAUCAAUGAAGCAAAUUCAAGAUCAGGAUCUUGCGGUGCAUUUAUACAAUGCUUUUGCGCUAAAGCGACGAGGCCGAAAUCCGGAGACAGCACAGGAUUUAGUUGUCAGAACAGAAUCCGGGGAAGAAGGUGUGUGGGCACCGCCUAAGACAUGGACUGCAUGGCCGCUCAAACAUAAACAUGUGCCAAAGGAGCGCUUCACCAACGAACAGCACGACGAAGAUGACCGUUUCACAUUCCGCAGAAAGGAAGAGAUUCUUCCCAGCACUGAACUGGAAGAAGAGAUUUCUGCCGCUAUCUUGAGAACAGCCAAGCGUCGCUUCCGCAGGAGGAAGAGUAAGAUGGCUAAACCGUCCAUCGAAGAAGACUCUACGCCUCUAUACAAUGAGAGCGGCAACAACACACCUGAUGCUUUCUCACGCGAGUCUUCUGCCAAGCUUGAGACGGAGGAUGGGAAAGAAGAAGACGAAGACGAGAAGAUGGCUGUCGACGGAGAAGAUAGUCGGCCUACGCGACGCAAUCCCAAAACUUAUGAGCCAGUCGAGUCUACCAACGACGAGGCAUCUUAUGCCCUUUUACGUCCAUCAACACGACACAUUUUGUCACAACUGGACAAUACACUAACAAUACUUCACAACUCACGUAUUACGGGCAUGAAUUAUCUCUCUGAUUCUUCAACUGAAGAGGAGUCAGAUAACCAGAGCCAAAGUGGACAAAAGAGAUCUCGUGGUCGUCCGCGAAAAAUUCUUCAUGAGGUUGACACAUCCGCAUCUGCCUCACCAGCGGGAGUUGGUAAAACCAGCAGACGAGGCCGUCCCCGAAAAGUCCAUGUCCCUCAUGCUGGAGAAUCACAGGAAGAGAUGCUUCAACGUGUUGCUCGUGAAUCUCAUCGAAAGAUCCCUGCGACGGUUGAAGACAGAGAUGCAGCUUUUGAGGAGUGGAUUCGCAAGGGCGAUGAGAUCAUCGAACGAGAGCGAUCACGGUCCCUAUCAUUGAAGCGUGCGACUUCUCAGGGGGUUGAGACAGAGGAGGAAUCAGUAUCAGGAACAAACGUUGAACGCAAGCAGGCAAGAUGGGGCCUGCGUGAUUGGAGUGAUGUGCUAGGCGCAGCUGCUAUAGCGGGUUUCUCAGGCGAUGUUAUUGCGAGAGCAACACGACGAUGUGCUGAUUUGUUCGGUGAAGGAAUGGUAGUGAGGACGCUCAACGAAGUGCCCGCCACUAAUAAUAAAGGCACCUCUUCUGUCGAGUAUCGUCCUGAGCCUAUCCAGCUAUCGUACUCAGAUGAAGAAGCCGACGAUGAAAGCGAUGAUGCCGCAGAUCUCAUACAGCGCCGUAUCGCAUCCCGUCAAGCCUCUCUCGCAUACUCAAGUCGCAGCCCAGACUCCAUUAGAAGCACCAGCCGCCACUCAACACGCUCUCCAGGACCACCAUCAGCAGCCCGAUCUCCAAGCUCUCGCUCCAACUCUGCAGGUGGUUUGGUGUUUUGCCCGAUUCCUUCGUGUGACCGCGCAGCACAGGGUUUCGGACGCAAAGCAAACCUUCGGCGACAUAUGGAGCUUAUACACCAGGGGCAGACAGAGGAGCUUGAUAGUGACGAGGAGGUUGUAGGUGGUGUACAUGUGGAUGGUUUCCUCAAGCCUAUUGUGCCAGGAAGGGGCUGGAGAGGCGAGGACACUAUCCAGAGAAAGAGGAAGAGAUUCUACGGUGAUAAAGCUGGGAUGAGCCGUGAGGCGAGUUAUGCCGAGGAGGAUUUGUCCUCAUGA